AAUAUUUAAUUAAAAAAAUUAAAAUGAGAUAUUUUUUUAAAAUAUUUUUUAACAGGGACGUUUUGGUCAUAAACAGAUCUAAACAACUUUUUAACCGUUAAAAAUUGCAGACCCAAGGACGAUACAUGUAAGUACACACAUACAUGUCCAUUUAUGUACCUGUAUAUCCGAAUACACAUGCAAAUGAUGCCAUUUUAGUUAUUUUUAAUUAAUGGUUAAAUUAGUCAAAUAUAGUUUGAUUUAUUGUUUGAAAACGAGUGGGGAAGCGACUGUAAUGUGUAUGUAAAAAAAAAAGAAAAUAAAAAAAAAGUUUAUUUUAUUAUGAAGGCAGACCGGAAGUCGAGUGUACUUCACCGAGGAAGUCACGUGAGCAGGUCAGCUGGUUUCCUGAACUCAGCAGAGCCACAGUCAGAGGCCAGCCCUCAAACAUGCUCGUGUCUCCGUCCCUUCGCGCCUUUUCGCUCCUCUAGUUUACCCGCAGGGCCUCGAACCCGCGCUGGCUGCCCGCUACGGAGCGUAUCCCCCCCGGAAGUGGCUGGGUGUGCCCCGCCGGCAGCUCGGAGCUUCCCGCUAACCCCGCGGCUACGUCAGCGGAGGAAGCUGAGGAUCAAACAUGGCGGGUGGGAUCACGGACACCGGGGAGCCGUACUCUCCGUUUGUGGGGUUGGUGUACAUGUUCAACCUGAUCGUGGGCACCGGCGCUCUCACCAUGCCCAGAGCCUUCGCCUCGGCGGGCUGGGUGGUCAGUCUGGCGCUCAUCUGCUUCCUCGCCUUCAUGAGCUACAUGACCACCACGUUCGUGAUCGAGGCGAUGGCGGCGGCGAACGCUCAGCUGCGCUGGAAGAGGAGGGAGCAGGAGGAGACCGACUACAGUGACUCCACCUCCGAGUACUCAGACGACGGCAUGGACCCGAGUCGGUCAGAACCAGAGACCAAGCCCAUCCUGUCCGUCCAGAGGUCCGGUCACGCCGAUCAUUUCGACAUCGUGGAGCGGGUGGAGAUGGGUCAGAUGGCGUCCAUGUUCUUCAACAAAGUCGGAGUCAACAUGUUCUACAUCUGCAUCAUCGUGUACCUGUACGGAGACCUGGCCAUCUACGCCGCCGCCGUGCCCAUCUCCCUGAUGGAGGUCGCCUGCGGGAACCACUCCUGCAGCGCUGGAAGUGUCAAGUUCAACGACACGGACGCCUGCUGGGGCCCUGUGACCAGAGGGGACGCCUACAGAGUCUUUCUGAGCGUCUUCACCCUCUUGUUGGGACCUUUCACCUUCUUCAAUGCCCAGAAGACCAAAUACCUGCAGAUCCUCACCUCGCUGAUGCGCUGGAUCGCGUUCACCAUGAUGAUCGUCCUGGCUCUGAUCCGGAUCGGGAAAGGCCGAGGCGAGGGUCGCCCGCCUGUGGCCAACCUGUACGGCGUCCCCAACCUGUUCGGGGUGUGCGUGUACUCCUUCAUGUGCCAGCACUCGCUGCCGUCCCUGGUGACGCCCAUCUCGGAGAAGAAGCGCGUUGGCGCUCUGGUGCUGGCCGACUACACGCUGAUCCUGGCCUUCUACGUGCUGCUGUCCUUCACCGCCAUCUUCUGCUUCGACAGCUCGCUGCUGCACGACAUGUACACGCUCAACUUCACCGACAACUGCGACGUGCUGGACAUCCCGGUGCUGCGCUACUUCCUGGGCCUCUUCCCCGUCUUCACCAUCAGCACCAACUUCCCCAUCAUCGCCGUGACGCUCCGCAACAACUGGAAGACGCUGUUCCACCGGGACGGCGGCACCUACCCGUGGGUGGUGGACCGGGUGGUGUUCCCGCUCAUCACGCUGGUGCCGCCCAUCGUGGUGGCCUUCUGCACGCACAACCUGGAGUCCCUGGUGGGCAUCACCGGCUCCUACGCCGGCACCGGCAUCCAGUACGUCAUCCCGGCCUUCCUGGUGUUCUACGCCAGGCGCCACCUGGAGCCGGUGAUGGGCAGGGACUGCGUGAACAAGCACCAGUCGCCCUUCCACCACGCCUUCUGGGUGUGGUUCGUUCUGCUGUGGGCCGCCUCCUGCCUCAUGUUCGUCACGGCCAACAUCAUCCUGACCGACACCAGGAAGUGAGCGUGUGAACUCGGGGCCGUCCGGCAGCUGGACGGACCGCGUGCCUUUCUGUGGGAAUCUGGUGUAAUUAAAGAUUAAUUUCUGACAUUUUCUGACCGGGACCAAAGUUUUUAAUCUGAAGCUGUAGCGGCGCGAGAGCGCGGCGAAAAGGGAACUCAGAAACGAUCUGCACACAGAGGCAUUUUGGGAAAAGUUUACGGCGGAGGAGAGCGGAUAGAUCGGCGCCGCCUUCUACCUCGAGUCUUUAAGGAACGCCGCGGUUCUGACUGACGGGCUUCACGAAAACGCCUCACUGAGGCGGAGAAGCAAAGCAGCUGAGAGGAGAGGAGGCGGGAAAAGAGGAAGCGGCUGUCAGAGCGCGACUUGUGUUCCGUUGUAAUGAGAUUGGAGCCCGAACCGACGGUGAAGAGGAAAGAGCGCGGCGGGAUGAUCACUCUCGUGCAGCUGACGCGUCCCCCGCCUCCCGAGCGGCGCCGGACCUGCUGACUGAUAAACAGGCUCCCCACUUUAUCAGCACCGACGCAGGGCGUGUCCUGUCCUCGCCGUCGGGCCGGCUCCUCAUCUCUCACCCUGACGGGACGUUUGGGAUCGGCGGCGGCGGCGGCCUCUGACCUGCCGGCGCUGACGGAGUCUUUAACGUCUCUGAAGGACGUCCCAGGAUUCUGAUGGUGUCAGUCCGGCCUAUCAGAACCAGCACAGUGGAUUUGAUUGUUUUGCACUUUAUUUCCGUCUCCAAUGAUUCACCUUUCACAGGUAAAUGAGCAGAGACCUCACCUACAGGGAAACCACACUCUAGUGUGACAUACAGUCUAAAACAGUUUUGACUUCAUCUGUAGACGAUCAAACUGAUAACUCCAAAGAAUUUAAAUUAUAUUUAAGCAUCAACAUUUAACAGCAUUUACAGAAUAUCAUAAACUAAAGUGGUACCAGAGUCGAUCCCUGAGGAACUCCUAAAGUAACACAAUAACCAUUAAAACAUUCCAGUAUUACUGUAAAAACAUUUAAAACAGUCACAUCUGUAGUUAAGAAUCCCCUGACAGAAACAUGAAGCUGCUGUCCUCACUGGGUCGUGACGCAGUGAACACACUAAAAAAUGAAACGUUCAAUUCCAAUUAACGAACUCUCUGUAAUUUGCAGGAUUUAAAAUUAUUAGUUUUGUCAAAUUAAAAUUUGAGUCGAUGGUUUAUUAAGCAUUAAAUUUUAGUUUGAUAAACUAAUAUUUUAGUAAGAAAUUACAGAACGUUUGUUAAUUGAUACGUUUCAGUUUUUACAGUGUAUCAGUAGCAUGUGUGAUGCUGCAUUUUCCUGCUCUAUAUAGGCAAAGUUCUGCCUCUUUGACCUUUUUUUAAGUCUAAUUUAAGAUAAAAAAAAGGGAAUUCUAAAGAAUUAGAAAUUAGGGUUUAAAUCAAAAUAUUUAAGCAUCAAGAUGUAGCAGCAUUUACAGAAUAUCAUAAACUAAAGUGGUGCCAGAGUCGAUCCCUGAGGAACUCCUAAAGUAACACAGUAACCAUUAAAACAUUCCAGUAUUACCGAUUCAAAAUGCAGUCAGAUCUUUAGUUAAGAAUUUCCUGACACAAACAGGAAGCUGCUGUCCUCAUUGGGACGCGACGCCGUGACCACACUGUAAAAAGUGAACCGUUGGAUCAAAUAUUACAAUUUUAAAAUGAUUAGUUUUAAAAAAAUUAGCAUUGAGUUGAAUUGAUGGUUUAUUCAACUCAAUGUUUUAAUUUUAUAAAAGCUAAUGUUAUUAAAUGUAACAAAUGGCAAAACUUUGUCUUAAUUGAUCCAAGGUUUCACUUUUUACAGUCCUUCUUAGCACGUGUGAUGCUGCCUUUUCCUGCUCUCUGAAAGGUAAAGUUCUGUCUCUUACGCCUGUUUUUCAGGUUUAAUAUAAGAUUUUUAAAAAAGUGAAUUCCAAAGAACUAGGUUUUAAAUUAAAAUAUUUAAGCAUCAACAUUUAACAGCAUUUACGGAAUAUCAUAAACUGAAGUGGUGCCAGAGUCGAUCCCUGAGGAACUCCUAAAGUAACGAUAAGCAUUAAAACAUUCCAGCAUUAGCGGUUCUAAACACAGUCGGGUGUUCAGUUAAGAAUUUCCUGACGGAUAGCCGCCGUGUUCAUUGUCCUCAUUACAGUGACCACACUGUAAAAAUAAAAUGUUGGAUAAAAUAUAAAUAUUAAUUUAACUCAUUAAAAUUUUGAGUUGAAUUAACCUUCAACUCAAAAUUUUAAUUUGAUGAAAACUAAAAUGUUAAAUGUAAUAAAUGACAUAACUUUUGUUAAUUGAUCCAACAUUUCACUGUUUACAGUGAUGCGGCUCAGUAGCAUGUGUGACGCAGUUCUGCCUCUUUGGUCUUUUUCUGGCCCCGCCCCUUUGGCGUUUCUGAUUCUUUUUUCUGUGAUCUUCCAUCUGUGUUGACCUGACAUGAGGGCGCUGAUGUUCAGCGUCUGCUCUGGAGCGGGGGAUCGAACCGUCCGUGUCUGUUCCUGAUUUUUUAUGGGUUCUGCUCCGGUCGGGUUCAGAACGACCUUUUGGGUUGUGCCAAACUGCUGCCUUUGUUUCUCUCUUCCUGCUCCGUCUUUCAUUCAUUCGUUUGUGUUUCAGAUACAUUUGUGAUUCACCUUUUAUAAAAACGUUUACAGCUUUCAGUUUGUUUCUGUUCAUUUUUUAUGAUUGAAAUAAAUAAAGACUCGAUCUGAAUGUU